AUGAAUGGAGGCCUCUUGUAUGCAUUGCUACAGAAAGGUGCUGAUCCCAAUGCUCUAGAGAGUAAUGGAGCCUUCGUCCUCCAUCCCGCCGCGACGUACCGUGACAACGCCGCAGUCAUCAUCCUAGGUCUUUUACGUUACGGCGCUGGCUCGCGUACCGAGCAACAUGAUGGUACGUAUGUGCUGUACUAUCUUCAGGUUCAUUGGCCCUCUGAUCUAGCCAAACAGCUUCUCGGCCCGGGACUCAACCCCGAAGCCGGUGACGAGAACGGCCGGACUCCUCUAGUUCAUCGACGUACUUCUAUCUCUGACGAUGAGGAGGUCACCGUCUUUUGCGUUACGAGGCAGAAGAACGUCGAUGUUGUGGCAGCCCUCCUCCAACACAGUCCUGAUCCCUACCACUAUGAUCACUCUGGCAGGAUAAUCCUGUACAACCACGCAAUAGUGUAUAACGCCAAGAGUUACGGCAGCACCAUCACAUCAUAG